AUGAAGCCGAAUCAAGUAUUAAAACUGCUGCUUGUUCUACUGUAUGGCGUGUCUAACGCUACGGCGCGAUCCAACUUCACCAUUCCGAAAAUCCUACAAGGAUCAUGGUUUUCUUGGGAGGUCGGAAGACCUACGUUGACCGUCCUGGAUGAUCACAGCAUGUCAGACAGAGGAGAGAUUAUUAAUAUGCUACGCGAAGGAUCCAACUAUACGUUCAUUUUCCAACGCCAAAAGUGCUUCCACUGUGUGCACGCAUUUCCCAGGACACUCAACAUAUUCGAAAAAUACGAAUCCGUAUGUGUGACUCUGGCACCACACGAGGAACCUACCAUGGAACGUGUAUGCCGUGGUUCGACCGAUCAGCAACUGAUAACGUUAUUCAACGAAAAUUACGUCCCCGUCAAUUGUCGCUCGUCUCUCGAGGGUGUAUGGCAAUUUGCGUACCAGAACCGAUUCCGAUUCACAGGUGAAUGUGACCAUCCGGAUGCGAGAAUACAUUCAUGUCAGCAAGUCGGAACACAGUUCUUGAUAUCGAAUGAAAAGUUUAACAUCACCUACAAGCAAUGCAUUGGAAUGGCGGAUACAUUUAACGGGGUGGUAGAAUACAGCUGCUUGGGUGAUUGGUUUAUCGGCAAGAAUCAUUAUUUCGCCGUGGCAAACACGAAGGAAUCUCGAAAGGACGAAAAGUAUCGUUGCUUUUUGAAGAACCGUGACGACGAUCUGUAUCUUGGCGUGUCGAUCACGGCCGAAUGUAACACCCUGAAGACGGUGGAAAAGUCUCCAGAACGGUUAAGAAUAACGCCGGUAAAGGCGGACGUCAUCGAACCGGGCUGUCGAUUCCCGCAAAAUUUCACCGGAGAAUGGAUCAAUACCGCCAACGUCGAUGGUGAUGUGAAGAUUAAUGAAACCCACAUUGUGGAAACGUACAAACCGGAUCAGUCCCGUUACCGUCGCACAAUCUACAUAUGCCGAGAGCAGCGAGAUACACGUAUUAUGAUGGCUCGCCUUACAGUGGACGGCUGUCAGACGGAUUACGUAUGUUUCGAUUUUGUCCCUAAACAUCACAACAUUAUCCGCUACCGGCGUGGACUGGCUGUGAUACAGGACGACUUUUCAACCGUUUGCUCUUGGAAGCAAUUCCCAAACAGAGAAGAGUGGAAUUAUAAUUUGUUGCUAUCGGCGAAACCCGUUCCCAUUCGAUGUCCGGUGGCCGGAAAGUUUAACUUCACACAGAAAGGCGAAGCGCCAUUCAAAACGCGUAUUCUCGGUGGUGUCACACUGAGUCCUCGACCGGACAUACGCUGCAAGCAAAACAUAUCGGACUUUUCCGUUUGCGACGGUGACCAAAAGGAGAUGAGCAUCGAUGCGGACUACUGUCUUUCGGUGGAUUAUCUUGGACGACCGAUCGAUAUAUACAGCGAUCCGGAUUAUCGAAUGAAAUGUAUCGGAUACUGGCAGGAAAAUCUUAAAUCUUACCUCAUCACGUACGAUGAUCUGGAUCCUCUCUCCAAGUAUCGCUGCUGGGUGUACCAGCGGGCGGAUUUGAAUCGUGUGUUAAUGUCACAGGCCGUAGGCGCAUUUUGCGAUAUCAAACAAGAUGUUACUUCCUGGAACUACACCGAAGGUGCUGUGGUGGCCAUCGAUAUGACGGAGUAUGAGCGCGAAAGGGACCAAUGUCCGAUGCAUUUUGAUGACGGAGAAAAUCCUUGGCAGGAAACGGAAAACUUCAUCACUGUGUUCCCGUGGGUCAUCUAUCGCUCAACUGCAGCGCUCAGUAGCACAUUAACAUCGUUUCUUAUCUCUUUAGCAGCCGUAUUUUUGAAGGUGUUCUUUUAA